AGAAAAAAAAAGAAGCUCAGCAAGUCAGCAAGUGUUUAAGUGUAUAAUCUAUGGUUUUGGGUUUGAUACCUAUUUAUGUACCUACUGAUUUAAUUAUUUUUUCUUAUUUGAAAGGAAAUCGAAAUGCCUUCAUAAUAGCAAUACAAUAUGAAGUUCAUUACGGGAUUAUACAUUAUAUUUUUUACAAGAAUAUUUAACGUGUCAUCAUCUAGAGUUUUAGAACUAAGUGACAGAUUUUUAGAGUUUAGCAAAGAUGGAAUGUGGUUUGUUAAAUUCUAUGCGCCUUGGUGUUCACACUGUCGGCGCAUGGAACCUACUUGGGCGCAUGUGGCACAAGCCUUGUAUAAUACUCCCGUAAAAGUAGCCAAAGUCGAUUGUACCCGUUUUACAGCUGUGGCCUCACAUUUUCAUAUCCGAGCUUAUCCUACUAUCUUGUUUUUAAAAGGAUCUUUUCAGCAUGAAUACACAGGAGAUAGGGUUAAAGAGGAUUUGAUUAAUUAUGCAAUGAGAAUGUCACAGCCAGCAGUGCAGAGAAUAUCUCGUGGUAACAGCAUUGAAUAUUUAAAAGAAUCUCAUCCUGUAUUUUUUGGAUUCAUUGGCAAACAGGAAGGGCUUUUAUGGGAAAUGUUUACAAUUCAUGCUGAGAAAUAUCAGCCUCAUUCCUGGUUUUAUGCAAUGACCCAUGAAGUAAUAAAACAUGAAAUCAAAGUUCCUAAUGAAACAGCUAUAUUUGUUUAUAAAGAUAAUGAAGCAUUUUUCUUUGAAGUUAAAGAUGAAUUACUUGAAGACAAAAAUAUGUUAAACAACACCUUAGGCAAAUGGAUUACUUCUGAGAGAUUUGGUUUUUUCCCCAAAAUAACCCGAGCAAAUAUUAAUAGUCUGAUUGAUACUGAAAAAUAUAUUGUGAUAGUAGUAGUUGCAGAAAAUAAACUUGAAGAAAUAUCACAAACUGAAAGAGAUUUUAAAGAUAUGGUAGAAGGAAUUAUAAUGAAAAGAAAAAAUGAGCUACAUUCUCGUUUUCAGUUUGGUUGGAUGGGUUCACCAGAACUAGCAAAUUCUAUUGCUAUGUCUGAACUUACUGUACCUCAUUUAUUAGUAUUAAACUCAACGACAAGUCAUCAUCAUAUUCCAGACGAUGAUCCAGUAUUAAUGACACCAGAAGCAAUCUCACUGUUUCUUGAUCAAAUACACAACCAGCAAGCUACCGUAUAUGGUGGCAAUGGCUGGCCAGUAAAACUAUAUAGAGGUUUCUUUGAAGCAAGAACUACAUUGGCAAACAUGUGGCAUGGAAACCCUGUUCUAACAGCUCUUAUCUUUGGUCUGCCACUGGGAUUCCUCUCACUGAUAUGCUAUUCAGUGUGUUGUGCUGAUAUUUUAGAUGCUGAAGACGAAGACACACCAGAACUACACGAGAAAAGGGACUAAAUAUUGUGUUCGGAAUCAUAGUGAGGACGGCAUGUUGGAGCCAUCGCAAAACUAUGAAGUAGGUACCCAAAAAUGUUGAGUUCUCCGACAUGGAUAUUUUUCAAAUAAUUUCCCAACAUUGCGGAACUGAAUUGUAGACAGUAUGUGAAUGAUUUCUUAAAACUCCCGCCUAAUGUUUAUGUCCCUAACCCGAUUCAAAUUCGAAACAUUUAUACAAUUAUUUCAUAACAAAGCCUAAUCUUAAUUUACAUCCUUUAUUGCAUAUAUAAUUUUGUUUGUGGAUAACUUGUCUAGAAUCUUCGAUCAACAAUAGUGACUAGAUAAAGGGACACGUACAAAAUCAAAGCAAAAACUGUCCGCGUGAAUAUACACAUACAUAGCUACAUUGGUUUACAACAAACGGAGAAAAAAGUUUUGAAACAGUUUUAAGUUCAAACUAAUUACAACAUUGGCACCUAGUAAUAAAGUCCCAAAUCUCCAAAACAUUAUCUAAUACUUACGAUCAUUCGUCACAAAGCAAUAAAUUACUCCUGUCACUUAAAAAUGAAAAGACAUAUGUUAAACAACCUUUAAUGUUAAAUCAACCUUACAUACCAACCAAUAAAGUAAUUUUUUCCGUAAUAGCUUUGAGAACUAACAACAUUUUUUUGAAUUUUUUUUUGCUUCUUGAAAUUUCGAUUUCUAUUUACUACAGGAGGUAAGGGAGUCGAACAAUAAAAUAAUUUAUUAGAUUAAUAAAAGUAAUAGUUUAGUUGUUUACUUUUUAUAUUUUUAGAAUUUAUAUUUGUUAGUAUCUAUACAUUACUUAUUAUUUUAUGAGCGCUACGUUUUGUGUAAUACAUAUUUUUAUAGUAUAUUUUUAAGUUAUAUUUUUAAGUUUUCGCGACUAGUACACAUAAUAAAAAAACGUUUAAACGGUUUUAAGCGCGAUAUUUUUAUUACAAUGCUUCGGCCACGUUUCAGUAGCCAUGAGCACGGAAGGCAAAGAUGUCCAGUGUCAAUGAGUCGAGUUUUUAGCUUGGUUAUAAAAGUAAUCUCUUCUUUCUCUGGCGACAAUCGAGAUCUAUUCCGCACACGUGAUUGCUAGGAAAGCUAAGUAUAUAAUAAGAGUCCAACAAACGUCUGUUUGUUGCUGCUGCUUUUGUGUCUACAAAAGCAGCAUUAACCAAUUUUGAAGUACUGCUAAGAAAUUUUUAAAAAUUAUUACAACACAAAUCUACUCUAUGCAUUUACUCUUCUGUUAAAUAAAAGUUUGUCCAAGUGUUGGCGAGCCUUGGCCAACUUUUGUAGCGGUGGUUAAAAAUCGGUAAUUUUGUUUAAAAUUUAAUAUUAUUUAUUAGCUUAAAGCUUAAAAUAUAACUUAUACUUCAUGUACUUACCGAAAGUAAGAUACUCCGGCCGUUAAAUUGCUAUUUUGGGCAUUUUUUUGCAACUUUUGAAUAUACACUGCGGCAUUGUGAGACGGGUUGACAUUGGCUGUGUCUGAAGUGAACUAAACAAAAUAAGAGCUCACAUUUCAAGUGAGCUGUUAUUUAACGAGACGGAUUUUUGCGCUGACCCGAAAUCUAGUUAGUAUUGUUGAUCGAAGUCUAGAAUAUAUCAAAAAUCAAAUAAAUAUGUACAGAAUGAGAUGUGUACAAAAAUAAUUAUUUCAUGUAUUACCAAAAAAUUUGGAAUAGGGUUAGUGACAAAAAUGUUAUUGAUUUAUGUUGUCGAGUUGUUGACAAUCAUGAGUUGACCGUUACACAAAAAUUUACCUGACGACAGUUAACCCCUUGUAACUCAUAAUCAUAAAUUACGUUGAAAUACUUAAGUAUAUUUAUUUUAUUUAUUACACUUCAUGUAAAAUUUACAUUGGCGGAUUUAAUGCCUAAGGCAUUCUCUACCAGUUUCAAUGAUAUAUGAAAUUAUUUAAUUAAUAUAUACCUACAUACCUAUAUGAAAUUACUCUGACAUAUUCUCUCAAUCACUUGAUUCUGAACUCUCUGAACUAUCUUGUAAGUUUAUAAUGAUUUUGUCCAUCAUAGUAUCAAAUCUCAUAUCAGUAAUGACAGCAAGCGCCCCCGCCUCUCCGUCCCACCGUACACAUACUUAUGGCGCGGUCAACUAGUUCCGCGCGCACAAUACGAAAAGGAAAUAAGUAUGGUAUUAGUGACAUUUUUAGAAUUUUGAUAAAGUUUUUUUACAGAAAUGUUACAAGGGGUUACGAAAAGCGGUAAAGAUUUGGACGUUUUGGAGUUCGGUACAUCUAAGGAAAAAGUGAAACUGUAACGCAGCGUUCCCUUUCGCGGGGCAACAGUAGCCAAAGGGGAUGUGACUCAGGUCCGUGCCCCGACGACCCACCCCGCGCUACCCGCGCCCGCGCAUCUUGUGCACCCCCUAUUAGUGCGUGCCAGACUGAAGCGGCAAACACGCGUCCCCGGUCGAUACCGGAACUGACAACCCAAGAGUCUCAUGCCAGUCGGGCACCCAACAUUAAAAAACUCUUUUGUAGCUAAUUUCCGUUGUGCGUUUUGUUCGUGUGUUGCUCUAGAGAAGUAUGUAGUUAAGAAAGUUUUGAUUUAAUGAUACUAAAUAUUACAUUGUUUUCAAUUGCAUAGAUGGGUGAAGAAACUCAUUUUCCACCGUGUAGAACAUGAGUUUCUUGUCGUAAACCUUCGCGAUUCUAUAUUACGGAAAUAAAGCCAAAACGCGGCGCCCGUAAAAUACACGGUAUGAUUCUACACUCAAGUUUCGGGGAAGAUUUGCGGUUUAAGGUACAAUCCACGUGGUAGUAUAGAAACCUUCAGAGAUGAUUUAUUGAAAAACUAACUUUACUUUGGAGUCAGAAAAUAUAUCCCAUACAUUUUCUGCGUAACCUUGCCUCUUGUAAAAUUUCAUGAUUCUAUAUCAACAGAAACUACCCUAUAUUAUGUGGAUCUUUAUGAGUGACGAAACAUGUCUUUUGAUUGGGAUAUUGUGAUUAGCUUACUUCCGUCGUAGAACUCAAUUUUUUGUACUGAUUUUAACUUGGUACCUGUAGGUACCCGUUCCUGAAAAGAAACGGCUGUUUGACAUACACAGGAAAUCAAAUUAGGUAAUAGAUAACUUUAAGUACCUACCUAUAGAUAAUGAUUCCGAUUUUUGCAUUUGAAGGCCGGAACCCUAGAAAUGAAUUGUCGUUUUAAUCUACUUUGGAAUGUCUAUAAAAGUAAAAGAAUCAACUAUAACUUUUUAAUCAAGGAUACGAAAACGUCAUGAAAAGACACCAAGAGGAUCUAGGAACUUCUGAAACUAGGUCCUUCAAUGUUGUCAACGUCAGAUGAGUAAAAAGAUUUAUGCCCUACACGAAAGGACAAAAAAAACACCUCAGUUUGCUCUCGGCAAAGACAGACAUUUGAUAGUGAUGAUAAAGUCACUUGUUUACGUCAGCAACGCCAGUUAAACCAAAUCUACAUAUUCAGACUCUAACUCUCGUUUGAAGGUGAAUAUUAUGAAACAUUGUUAAUUCUUAACUUCUAAUGAAACAGAAACAGGCAUUAUCCAUACAAUUGUAAACCUUAUAUUUAAGUCCAUAUGUCUGUAGAUUAUUCUUCGCGUAUCAGCAGGAUACAAUUAAGGAAAGAAGUUUCAACUUUCGACCCUAACUUGAAUGCAGUAUAGCCUAUUUGCAUCGUUGAAUUUAAUUUCACGCGCUUUGACCUUGAACUAGAAUUUUUGGACAAGUGUUUCUAAAUACUUAAAAGUUUUUUGUGUUUGAUUUUUAAAGUACACAUUUUUCUAUUUUUAGUUGAAUCCAAAUAAUUGAGUUUAUUUCUUGUGUUUGUAUUAAACUUUUGAAAUCUACACUCUUUUGGUAUAUUUUGUAAUUUUAAAUUAAGACACAAAAUACUAAAAACUGAAAAUAAUGUAGCCAGUCCUAAGCCUGGUAAAAGCAUGAAGGAAAGUUUUUUGAUAUUUUUAUUUUCAUGUUCUUUUUAUUACUUUAAGAUCAUAUUAUAAAUUGAUAUCAGAAAACCAACCGUAUAUCGUUGACUUAAAUCUAUAUCUACUACGAUAUUAUAUCAGCGUAUCGUUUCAAAUCUCAAAGAUCAUGAAUCGAGAAAAUCUACUAGCAUCCAUCAAUAUAUAGAUUCAGAAAAUAUAUAGAUUCAAUAUCCGAUAUUGAUCCUCGAUAUAUAGAUACGAUUCGAUACGCGGCAAAACCGAUAUUACCCACUCCUAGUAGAAGUACUUCAAAAUUAGUUGGUUAAAAUUGGUUAAUGCUGCUUUUGUGUCUGUUUGUUGGACUCUCAUUAGAUACUUAGCUUUCCUUUUUUAUUUUAGCUUUACUAGCAAUCACGUGUACAGAAUGGAUCUCGAUUGUCGCCAGAGAAACUAGAGAUGACUUUUAUAAGCCAGCUAAGAUCUCCGCUCAUUGACACUGGACAUCUUUGCCUUUCGUGCUCACGGCUACUGAAACGUGGCCGAAACAUUGUAAUAAAAAUACCGCGCUUGAAACCGUUUAAACGUUGUGUUAUUAUGUGCACUGGUCGCGAAAACUUAAAAAUAUACUAUAAAAAUAUAUAUUACACAAAAACGUAACGCUAAUAAUAUAAGAAAUAAUUUAUAGAUACUAACAAACAUAAAUUUCCAAAACAUAAAAAGUAAACAACUAAACUUUUGCUUUUAUUCAUUAAUAAAUUAUUUUAGUGUUCAACGCGACUCCCUUACCUCCUGUAGUAAGCCGAAAACGAAAUUUCAAGAAGCAAAAAUAAAUAAAACAAAACGAUGUUAGUUCUCAGAGCAAUAAAAGGAAAAAGUACUUUAUUUGUUGUCUGUUAAGGUCGAUUUAACAUUAAAAGUUGUUUAACAUAUGUUUUUUUAUUUGUAAGUGACAGGAUUAAUUUAUUACUUUGCUCAUUUUAUGUGACGAAUGAUCGUAAGUAUUAUAUAAUGUUUUGGAGAUUUGUGACUUUAUUACAAAGUGCCAUAGUUGUAAUUAGUUUGAACUUAAAACUGUUUCAAAACUUUUUUCUCCGUUUGUUAGUAAAUGAAUGUGUAUAUUCACGCGGACAGUUUUUGCUUUAAUUUUGUACGUGUCCCUUUAUCUAGUUACUAUUGAUGAUCGAAGAUUCUUAAGGAACCUAAUAGUGUAAGACUAAAAUGAUCUCCGUAAAAACAAUGUUAAUGGGCAUACUAAUUAGAAAUUUCCACUGACACUGCUCCAUACUAAAUUGUUACAUUUUCAAUAAUUAAUUUUACUGUAUUCAUUGAAAAAGUUUUAUUUAUUUACAAAUCAAAUAAACAAAUAAAAUACAUUAGUAAAUUAA